AUGCAAAGGCCAUUUUGGCUCCUUGGGGGCCCCCCAGGUGGCCCCCCGGGGGGCCCCCCCGGGGGCCCCCUUGGGGGCCCCCUGGGGGGACCCCAAGGGACCUCGCCUCCUCUCAUCAUUGAGCUGGGAGCUGGCAAGGGCCUUGUCGGGCUGGGGGCCGCAGCGCUGAUUGCUGCAUUAGCUGGGCGUGAGGCAAAGGCCUUGGGGGCCCCUCAGGGGGCCCCUGGGGGUCCCCCAGGGGCCCCCAAAGGGCACUGCUGCCACUUGCUGCUGACAGACUUGCCGUACUGCUUGGAGGGCCUCCGUGCUGCAGUGGAACUAAAUAAGGCCUUUGCAGAGCCCCUUGAAGUGGCCCCCGGCGGCUGCAGUCUCUCAGGUAGCUGCAAAAGGGCCCCUAGGGGGGCCCCCCUAGGGGCCCCCGCAGGGGCCCCCAGGCUCUCCUCAGGGCCCCCAGGGCCCCCGGAGCCCCCAGGAUCGGGUGUGGGGCGGGUGGGGGCUCCCCAGGGGCUUGAAGGGGGGCCCCUGGCUGGCGUAGCUGUGGAGGCCCUUGACUGGUUCUGCCCUGAGAAAUGCAGGGCGUGGGGCCCCUCAGGGGGCCCCCCUUGCGAACCCUUCCUCGUUGUUGCUGCUGAUGUCUUAUGGCUUAAAGACCUUGUAAAGCCAUUUGUAGAGACACUGGCCUUUCUCUUGAGUCCCCCGAAGGCCCCACUAGAGCCAAGCGCUCACCUCCAAGGGCCCCCUCAGGGGUCCCCCCAGGGGCCCCCGCAGGGGCCCCCUGAGGGGCUCCUCCAGGGGCCCCCACAAGAGUGCCCACGGGGCCCCCCGCAGGGCCCCUCAGAGAACCUUUCGGGGGGCCCUUCUGAGACUCUCUCAGAGAAACACCUAGAGGGGCCCCCAGAGGGCCCCCCCGGAGGGCCCCCAGGGGGCCCCCCGGGGCGCCCCCCAGGGGGGCCCCCCUGGGGGCCCCCACAAGGGCCCUUAGGAUUUAGGGGCCCUUUGGCGCUCGUGGCGCAUCAAAGCCGCAGCAGAGCAGUUGAUGAUUUAUUUUUUUCUCUCUUGAGGGAAAAUGGACUUUUCGCUGAGGCCCUCAACCACGAGGGUCCCCGGGGCCCCAGGGGGCCCCGGGGCCCCGGGGGCCCCCGGGGGCCCUGUUGA